UGGGUAGGAAGACUGGGUGGCGUUCCUGACAUGACUCCCGAAUUUUUCCUGAACAUGGAGGAGCAAGACUUCCUAACCCGUGACAGUGGCAGUAUCGCUGUGUUAGGAGGUCUAUGGUGGAGGAAUAGCGAAGGUAGAGGCAAGAAAUUUAAGGAAAAACCGUUUAUAGAUCAGGUUUUUCGUGGUGGCGCCCCUGGACAGGUUGAUCUGUACUUGACAAUUCUCUCUGCGCAACAACAUGAUUAUAAAUGGGAAGGAUUUGUUAUGAACAAUGUGUUGUUUUUAAAAGGGGACGGUUUGAAUGUGGUUGAAAUGAAAGAGAGGAUAUGUGGGUCAUUUAUUUUAUCUCUAAGAUCGCUUCAUACAAUCAUUGAAAUUAUUAUGUUAUGA